UGAGUUGUCUCUUUAAAACUGGGGGUGCCUCCUUCCACAGGGAACACUGGCCUCACCCGGAGAACAAGCGAGGUAGAUGUAGCCAGAACGGGUCGCGGUAUUGUUCGCCUGCUCAGGAGAUCUCAGGUCUGAGGGAGAACACGGAGAGUGAAACUUCUUCCUUAAAAAAUGAAGUAAAAUCUUUCCUGUGGGGGUUACUUUUCAAUAAAAGGAGCUGCAUCCCGGAUCCCUCCAGAGCCUGUUUCCUCCUCCCGCAGCCCUCUCUGACUCUGGAGUGAUGACAGUGAAGUUGCCUGUGUAAAACCUAUUCACUGCGUUUGCACGGCUUGAGGAAGGGAAGCCAGCUGUGUUAAUGCCUAGCCUCCUUGAAUGACAGAUCAACCAGUCACUCGAUGGGGAGCAACGGUGGACCUCCUUUUUGUGUCACCUUCCCACCUCUCUGUAGCAAGAAAAGUAACUUCAGCACCUCUUCAAUAAUAAUGAUGAAACUGGUAUUAACUGAAUGGCAAUUAUGGAUUUUUAACUCUAAUUCACAGUAAACCAGCAAGCCAUAUGUUUAAAAUCCAACCAAAAAUCCUUUUGUUUUGCUGCGUGUCUCACCCGAUUGUGAGAAGUUGCGAGAUCUCUAUUUGUACAAAGAGGGAUAUAAGCGUUACUUGCCGGAGGAACCCAACUGAAGCAGAAAGAGAAGGCGUUCUAAUUUAUCCUUAAAGAUACACGAUAGUAAUUAUUUAUAUAGGUAGAGGAAAUAUAUAUAUAUACACACACGUGUAUAUAUAUAUAUAUAUAUAUAUAUAUAUAUACACAUAUAUACACACACACGCACACAUAUACAUAUAUGCUUUUGGUGGUAAUGAGAAUGGCCCCGCAAAACGCCGACUCGGAAUCUAUGCAAGUUCAGGAGUUGCCUGUCCCCCUGCCGGACCUGCAGAAGCCUGGAAGCGCGGACACCCACGAUGAGACCAUCAGCGAGGGGUCCAUAGACCGGAUCCCUGUGCGCCUGUGGGUGAUGCACGGGGCCGUGAUGUUUGGCAGGGAGUUCUGUUACGCCAUGGAGACGGCGUUGGUCACGCCGAUCCUCCUGCAGAUUGGCCUCCCGGAGCAGUACUACAGCCUUACCUGGUUCCUGAGCCCCGUCCUCGGCCUCUUCUUCACGCCCAUCAUCGGCUCAGCCAGUGACCGCUGCACCCUGAGCUGGGGCCGCCGGCGGCCCUUCAUCCUCGCCCUGUGCGUCGGCGUGCUCUUCGGCAUGGCGCUCUUCCUGAACGGCUCUGCCAUCGGCCUGUCCCUCGGUGAUGUCCCCAACCGGCAACCCAUCGGCAUUGUCCUCACAGUGCUGGGGGUGGUCAUCCUGGAUUUCAGCGCCGAUGCGACUGAGGGCCCCAUCCGUGCCUACCUAUUGGAUGUGGUGGACAGCGAGGAGCAGGACAUGGCCCUUAACAUCCACGCCUUCUCUGCUGGCCUCGGCGGGGCCAUCGGCUACGUGCUGGGGGGCCUGGACUGGACCCAGACCUUCUUGGGCGCCUGGUUCCGGACACAGAACCAGGUGCUCUUCUUCUUCGCGGCCAUCAUCUUCGUGGUGUCGGUGACCCUGCACCUGUUCAGCAUCGAGGAGGAGCAGUACAGCCCCCAGCAGGAGCGGGGCGGGGAGGUGGCCGACGCCCUGGCCCCCGCCACCCGCGUGCACGUCCUGGACGGUGGCGUGGCCCUGUUCCCUGAGGAGGUGCAGUCAGAGCACGAGCUCACCCUGGACUACCUGAGUGUGGACAUGGUACGGAGCAAGAGCGACUCCGUGCUGCACGUGCCUGACGCCGCCCUGGACCUGGAGCCCGAGCUGCCCUUCCUGCCCGACAUCGAGCCCUCCAUCUUCCACGACGGCUCGUACCCCGGCACCCCCCGCAGCACCAGCCAGGAGCUCGCCAGAGCCAGGCCGGCCCGCCUAGCCUCACUGCUCAGGGAAACCGCGAAGGAGGAUGAGACGCUGCUCGAUAAUCACUUGAAUGAAGCCAAAGUCCCCAAUGGGAGCGGCUCUCCCCCGAAAGACGGCCUGGUCGGCUACACCAGGGUGGACACGAAGCCCUCGGCCGCGUCCAGCUCCAUGAGGCGGCGAAGGCACAUGUUCCGCCGCCAGGCCUCCAGCACCUUCUCCUACUACGGCAAGAUCGGUUCCCACCGCUACCGCUAUCGGCGGGCCAACGCCGUGGUCCUCAUCAAGCCGUCGCGCAGCAUGAGCGACCUGUACGACCUGCAGAAGCGGCAGCGGCAGCGCUGCCGGCACCGGAACCAGAGUGGGGCCACCACGUCCAGUGGGGACACGGAGAGCGAGGAGGGGGAGGGCGAGACCACCGUGCGGCUGCUGUGGCUGUCCAUGCUGAAGAUGCCCAAGGAGCUGAUGCGGCUGUGCCUCUGCCACCUGCUCACCUGGUUCUCCGUCAUCGCCGAGGCCGUGUUCUACACUGACUUCAUGGGCCAGGUCAUCUUUGAAGGGGACCCCAAGGCUCCCUCCAACUCGACUGCCUGGCAGGCCUACAACGCCGGUGUGAAGAUGGGCUGCUGGGGCCUGGUCAUUUACGCGGCCACCGGCGCAAUUUGCUCAGCCCUGUUACAGAAGUACUUGGACAACUACGACCUGAGCAUCAGGGUCAUCUAUGUGCUGGGGACGCUGGGCUUCUCCAUUGGCACGGCUGUGAUGGCCAUGUUUGCCAACGUCUACGUCGCCAUGAUCAUGAUCAGCACCAUGGGCAUAGUCUCCAUGAGCAUCUCCUACUGCCCCUAUGCCCUGCUUGGGCAGUACCACGACAUCAAGGAGUACGUGCACCACAGCCCCGGGAGCUCCAAGCGUGGCUUUGGCAUAGACUGCGCCAUCCUCUCCUGCCAGGUGUACAUCUCCCAGAUCCUGGUGGCGUCUGCCCUUGGGGGCGUGGUGGACGCCGUUGGGACCGUGCGCGUCAUCCCCAUGGUGGCCUCCGUGGGCUCCUUCUUGGGCUUCCUGACAGCCACAUUCCUGGUGAUCUACCCAGAGGUGUCGGAAGAGGCCAAGGAGGAGCAGAGAGGCCUGUCUUCCCAGCCGACGGGUGACGGGGAUGGCGGCGAGAAACCCACCGUCCUGACGCUGUCCCGGAAGGAAGGCCUGCAGGGGCUGGUGGAGACAGAGUCGAUGGUCUGAGCCUCAUCCCGGUGCACACACAUUCCAGGGGGGGUGGCCGGGGGGGGCACGGGUGGCAGGCAGGUUGGUCACUAUUGGCUUUGGUGGCAGCACAAACCAGAGUUCUUCACAACACGGUGGGGAUGCAGUAGCUGUAGGGUAGGGCUGAGCCACUAGGCAAAAACACCACACUAAUUACUUUUUCCACGAUUAAAAAAAUCAUUUGAAAUUUUUUUUUAAUUGAAAAAGAUCUUCUAAUUUCAACUUGUAUUCUGCAGGUGUAUUAUUCUGCAUGUUUUAAAAUUAUAAGCCAGAUUUACAAUCGAGACAAGCAAUUUAGAGAAAAAUAAGAUGUUCAUUUCCCAAGGUCAUAACCAAACACGAAAGUACUUGCUGUCGUCCGCUGUGUGUGCCCUGCGUACGUCCCGCGGACAGCAGCGUGUAGCCCGUGACUGAGCCCUUUCGUCACCUCUCCGGAUGCCCACACGGUCGGGUCGUGCUGUCAGGUGUCCUCACAUUCUGUUGGUGCUGCAGUUAUUGGAGAGUAUUGUUCUUUACCGUUAUUUUAGAAAAAAUUUUUUCUCUCAAAACUGGUUUUCUUAGAAGAAAACAGCAUCACAUAUUUUCCUCAGAUUCUGACAGAUGGCGCGUGGGGCAGGCCUGCCUCUGGGCAGCGGUGGGGGGCAGCGGGGGGCGUGGUGACAGGGCCCCCCACCGGGCAGGAGAGGGCGAUCUGAGUGCGCCCCACGGGGGCAGCGCCCCGCCAGCAGGUGGGCCCCAGCAGGUGCGCACACGUCCAUCCCCGGCCCCCCGACCCCGUCGUUUUCAUCCUGAGCUUCCCGGAGAGGUCGUCGACUCCUUCGUUGCACUUUGACUCGUGUUUAAACCAUUUGUUGGGGAAAUCAUGAGGGCAGAGCCCAGGCGCGGCCUUGCCCCCUGGGUUCUGCCGCCAGGCCUACCUCGGGUGUGUGGGACUCGCCCCGGCAUGUGGGGACUCCGCGCACCGGGACUCCUCUGACCUCUUCUGACCUCGUCGCCUGCUCACCCCGCUCGACGCUGGAGUCCAAGCAGUGGCAAAGUGAAGCAAGUGUCUGGGACCCAAGGAAGGUCCGCUCCCUGGAGGACUGCAGCGUUUCUGCUUUCAGCGUCUAAGCGAAACUCGGACUUUGGGGAAGCGCAGUCACGAGAUGCUGCAGCUGCGUGGGAAUGCUCUUCAAAACCACAGUCUCUAUAACUGAGCAGUUUCUGCUUUUCUUUUGGAAUGGUCAGUCCAAGCUUCCUGAUGUCACCUGGACACAGACGAUGGUAUAACUUCGCUGCCUCAAGUUGUGUCUUUUUUUUUUUUUAAAUAAAGAACUUAAGAUGCAUGAACAAUCAUGCUGCAAUAUGAUCAUUCUAAAGCAAAUAUAUACACAUAUAUGUAAUAUAUAUAUGUAUAUAUAUUUCAAGAUGAGACUAAGCAGUUUUUAAAUAAAUUACUUGAAUUUUCUGUGUA